AUGAUGCACUGGCUGCAGCUCCGGGCUGCGGUACAAAUGCUCAGUCCCUGCUUUGCUGAGCUGACCCGAGUGGAGCGGAGCGGUGGAGAUCUCACCACGCUAACCCCGCUGGACCUGGGCACCUCCACACAAGCCCCAUUCCAUCUCCUUCUUCUCAUCACUUGCUCCAUAGAUCAAUUGAUUCCGUGCCUCCUCGUCCCCCAUGGAGGGGAGGGAAGGGAUAGGCAAAAGGGAAGAAGAGCGGGCUGUGAUACCCCCUCGACGCCGUCAAACACUGCUCCCCGCGCUCCAGAGCCGGGGGCCCACCCGACGGCAGCGCGCCCCGCCACCGCGCCGCCGCCCCGGUCCCUUCUCCCGCCCGUCUGUAGUAAAACAAUCGCUCCCCCGGCGUCUGCGGCCGCUGCCAGCGGUUCUGACACUGCAGGAAUGCGCGGACUGGGGAAGGCUCAGCACUCUGGGGAGGGGCACGAGCGGGGUCGGGGAAGCUCCAAGAUGAGCGCGUGCAAUAACUAUCAACAUGGAUACCUCGCAGAGCCUGACACUAGCUUCUGGAUAAAAUGCAGGCGAUGGCUGCUGGCGGAUGCCGGCAGACACACUCAAAGGCCCUCUUGGACUUUCUGAGCUGCCCAUUCUCCUCUACUAGAGGCUGAGGCGGGCAGGCCCAGCGACGUCUCCCAGCCCCAACUGAGUUCCGACCUCAAGCCAAAAGUGAGGAGGCCGGCAGGAGAGCUUUUCUCGCCCAAAGAUGCGGGGUGGGAGCUGGAUCCAGCUGAAAAAUCUGAGUGAGAAGGUUUCAGGCCCAGGAGGACUUGAGAUAAUACAGGAAAAUUCAAGAGGCUGAAAUAAGAAGGGUCCCUGGGGUCUUGUGAAAAAUUAUUCAUUUAUCAUGUCUACUGUGUAUAGGCCUGUGCUUAUAGAAGCUGUCAAUAAAAAGUCUCAUAAUUCAUGGAUACACACAACUAAGAGCACAAGAACUGUAAUUAUCGAAGGAAGGCACUGGAAAAAGCAUGUCGGCUUGGAGAACCCCAAGUACUUUUGUCUGAUUACAAAGUACCUCUGGGCUGAACUAAGAACUUCAACUGGAAGGGGCAGGGAGCUUCUCUUUUGCUGGUUUAUGCAUUCAUUCCACAGACAUUUCAACCAUGAGAAGGAUGGAAACAGGAAUAAUGUCCCAAUGAGAUGAGAAGAAGCGUUGGCCUAUUUGCCUUUGUGGGAGCAAUAGACAGAGGAUGUCUUCCUGUAAGAAAUCAUAAGGCCAGGCACAGUGGCUCACACCUGUAAUCCCAACAUUUUGGAAAGCUGAGACAGGAGGAUCACUUGA